AUGUCUAAUCUGCCAGAUUCCCCGUUCAAUGAUGAGCCUCCAAUGUCUCCUUUUGACGAUAAGUUUGAGUUUGAAGAGCAGCAGAACGGCAAGGCCAACACGCGAAGAAAAGGAUCUAUUCUGAAGAAGCACGGCACCCAUAAGAAUCCGAAGACUACGGGAUUGGGAGUGGCUUUCCAGGAGGAUAAAUUGCCAGAAUUUGAAGAGGCAGCAAGACCGUUUGAUGAGGAAGAAGAUGACGAUGCGCAUUCCUUUAAGGCUACGCCGAAGAUGGGCGGACCAGCUGCGAUGUUCGAGGACGUGACUCUGGAUGAUCCGAGUUCAAGCGAUAAAAGUGACCGUAAACAUCACGGCGGGAUGAAAAGACUGCGUAUGGGGACGCAAAGAAACAAGAAGGGGAGACCAAAUGUAGGUAGGGCAAGGACGCUUAAAUGGGCUAAAAAGAACUUUCAUAACCCUUUCGAAGAAUUUCUGAAGGAAGAGAUGGAUGACGAGGGUCUGCAAAAUCGUGCUAGCGAGCUGAGGACACUCUACUACAACUUGCCACUACCGGAGGAUAUGCUGGACGAGGAUGGUAAACCAAUCAUAAACUACCCGCGUAACAAGAUCAGAACUACCAAAUAUACGCCCUUGAACUUCUUGCCGAAGAACAUUUUGCUGCAAUUCCGUAACAUUGCCAACAUUUAUUUCUUGGUAAUGAUCAUAUUGGGUGCUUUUGAAAUUUUCGGUGUGACGAAUCCAGCUUUGAAUGCUGUACCGUUGAUCGUCAUUGUUACCAUCACCGCCAUCAAAGAUGCUAUCGAAGACUCAAGGCGUACAGUGUUGGAUUUGCAAGUGAAUAACACAAGAACCCAUAUACUUCAAGGAAUCGAUAACCAAAAUGUCUCUGCGGAUAAUGUUUCCUGGUGGAGAAAGUUUAAGAAAGCGAAUACUAGAUUGCUCUUGCGAUUUGUUGCAUUCUGUAAGAGCCACUUAACAGAAGAAGGGAAACGUAAGAGGCUGCAGCAGAAACGGCGCAAAAUGCAGGCGAAGAGAAACUCUAUGGGUGACAUGCCACGUAACUCUCUAGACUCGAUAGGAAGUUAUAGGAUGUCUGCUGAUUUUGCUAGGCCUUCUGGUGACUACGGCCGCCCUUCAAUGGAUUACGAUAAUAUGGGACACCUGGUUGGUCGAGAUGAUGAUGUCAAUCUAAUCGACAGGACCAUGCCGCCAAUACCCGAUUGUAGAUUCGCGAAAGAUUAUUGGAAGAAUGUUAAAGUCGGAGAUAUCAUACGUAUCCAUAACAACGACGAAAUUCCGGCUGACGUUGUUCUCUUAUCAACCUCAGAUGCAGAUGGGGCCUGCUAUGUUGAGACGAAAAAUCUGGACGGUGAAACAAAUUUGAAAGUUCGCCAGUCUUUGAAAUGUAGUUUCCGGAUAAGAAAUUCGCGAGACAUUACAAGAACAAAGUUUUGGCUUGAGAGUGAAGGUCCUCAUGCAAAUUUGUAUUCUUACCAAGGCAAUUUGAAGUGGAUUGAUCCCAAUAACAACGAGAUGAGAAAUGAACCUGUGACUAUUAACAAUACUCUUCUGCGUGGUUGUACCUUGCGGAAUACAAAAUGGGCAAUGGGUUUGGUCGUCUUCACCGGUGAUGAUACUAAGAUAAUGAUAAACUCCGGCGUCACCCCAACGAAAAAAUCGAGAAUUUCCAGAGAUCUUAACUUUUCUAUCCUAAUAAACUUUGGUUUGUUAUUUGUGCUAUGUUUCAUUUCCGGUGUCGUUAAUGGUGUCUAUUAUCGAGAGAAGAACGUCUCGAGAGAUUAUUUUGAAUUCGGCACGCCUGCAGGCAAUCCUGCCACUAAUGGUUUUGUCUCUUUUUGGGUUGCACUCAUUCUUUAUCAAUCCUUGGUUCCCAUUUCAUUAUAUAUCUCCGUUGAGAUCAUCAAAACGGCCCAAGCUGCUUUCAUAUAUGGCGAUGUCCUCCUCUACAACGCCAAACUAGACUACCCAUGUACACCAAAGAGUUGGAACAUCUCAGAUGACUUGGGUCAAAUUGAGUACAUUUUCUCAGAUAAAACAGGCACUUUAACCCAAAAUGUUAUGGAGUUCAAGAAAGCAACCAUCAAUGGUGUUUCUUAUGGUCGCGUCUAUACUGAAGCUCUUGCCGGUUUAAGAAAGAGGCAAGGUGUUGAUGUGGAGGCUGAAGGUCAACGUGAAAGAGAAGAAAUUGCCAGAGACCGAGACGUCGUUAUCAAUGAAUUGAAAGCUAUGGCUAAUAACUCCCAGUUUAACCCAGACGAUUUAACGUUUGUCUCGAAGGAAUUUGUUCGUGACCUGCAAGGUCAGAAUGGAAAAUUGCAGCAGAAUUGCUGUGAACAUUUUAUGUUGGCCUUAGCACUUUGCCAUUCUGUUUUGGUUGAGCCACACAAAUCCGAUCCCAAUAGACUUGAACUCAAGGCUCAAUCUCCGGAUGAGGCAGCACUUGUUGGAACGGCAAGGGAUAUGGGCUACAGUUUUGUCGCGAAAACUCAUAAAGGGCUAAUAAUAGAGAUUCAGGGUGUCCAAAAAGAAUUUGAAAUACUAAACAUUCUAGAGUUCAAUUCUUCUAGGAAAAGAAUGAGCUGCAUUGUCAAGAUUCCAGCUAUGAGCGCAGAAGAGAAGCCUAAGGCGCUCUUGAUAUGUAAAGGUGCCGAUUCCGUCAUCUACUCGCGAUUGAAGCGCAGUAGUGAUGCUAACGAUGAAUCUCUACUCGAAAAAACUGCUUUACAUCUUGAAGAAUACGCUACCGAAGGUUUGAGAACUCUUUGCAUCGCUCAAAGAGAACUAUCAUGGGCUGAGUACUCCGAAUGGAAUGAGCGAUAUGACAUAGCAGCAGCAGCUUUAAGUGACCGUGAGCAACAGCUGGAUGAAGUUGCUGACAGUAUAGAACGUGAACUUGUGUUACUAGGUGGUACAGCCAUUGAAGAUCGUUUACAAGAUGGUGUACCAGAUUCUAUCGCUUUACUAGGUGAGGCUGGUAUUAAACUAUGGGUCCUAACUGGUGACAAGGUAGAGACUGCCAUCAACAUUGGGUUUUCUUGUAACUUACUCAACAAUGAAAUGGAGCUGCUUGUCAUUAAACACAGCGGUAAUGACGUUGAAGAAUUUGGUGAUGAUCCUUUCUCCGUGGUGCAGAAUUUGAUUCUUAAAUAUCUAAGAGAGAGGUUUGGGAUGAGCGGUUCCGAGGAAGAACUGGCUGAAGCACGGAAAGAGCACGGCUUUCCUAAAGGAAACUUUGCAGUCAUUAUUGAUGGUGACGCAUUGAAAUUAGCACUGAGCAGCGAUGAGAUCAAGCGGCAAUUCUUGCUUCUCUGCAAGAACUGUAAAGCUGUCCUUUGUUGCCGAGUUUCACCGGCCCAAAAGGCGGCAGUCGUCAACUUGGUGAAGAAAUCUCUGGACGUCAUGACAUUGGCAAUUGGUGACGGUUCCAAUGACGUUGCAAUGAUUCAAUCUGCGGAUGUUGGUGUCGGUAUUGCUGGUGAAGAGGGUCGUCAAGCAGUCAUGUGUUCUGAUUAUGCUAUUGGUCAAUUCAGGUAUCUCGCCAGACUAGUUUUGGUCCACGGUAGGUGGUCAUACAAGCGACUCGCCGAGAUGAUCCCUCAAUUUUUCUACAAGAAUGUGAUUUUCGCAUUAGCUUUAUUCUGGUACGGCAUCUACAACAAUUCAGAUGGCUCCUAUUUGUUCGAAUACACCUACCUGAUGUUCUAUAACCUGGCUUUCACUUCCCUCCCAGUCAUAUUCCUGGGGAUCAUGGACCAGGACGUGAACGACACUAUAUCCUUGAUAGUCCCUCAGCUGUACCGCGUUGGGAUUUUGAGAACCGAAUGGAAUCAAACCAAGUUCCUGUGGUAUAUGUUUGACGGUGUAUAUCAGUCGACCAUAUGUUUCUUCUUCCCUUAUUUGAUUUACCACAAGACGAUGUAUGUGACUCAAAACGGAUAUGGACUCGAGCAUCGUUACUACCUAGGUAUCAUGGUGACGGCAAUCGCGGUUGUCGCAUGCAACCUAUACGUCUUGCUUCACCAAUACAGAUGGGACUGGUUUACGGGGCUUUUCAUCGGGUUAUCAUGUAUUAUUGUCUUCGGCUGGACUGGUAUCUGGUCUAGUUCUUUGAGAAGUAACGAGAUUUGGAAAGCCGGUGCCCGUAUCUACAACACGCCUGCCUUCUGGGCUGUCUUCUUCGUCGCCGUCCUUUUCUGUCUGCUACCUCGCUUCACACUGGACUGCUUCAACAGAAUGAUAAACCCCAAGGACGUCGAAAUUGUCAGAGAAAUGUGGAAACGCGGUGAUUUUGAUCAGUACCCGACAGGCUACGAUCCGACAGAUCCGAACAGGCCCAAGAUCUCCAAGAACCGCUCCUUUGGUGCCCAGGUUCUAACCCUGGGCGAUGGAGGUAAACUUCAAAGCUCGCUGAACGAAAACUAUUCCCGCGACACCGUACUCACCGAAGAGAUCCCAAUGACCAUUCUGCAAACACAGAACGGCUCCUCAAGGCAAAUUGUCAGAGGCGAGCCAUGGAUGUCCUCGCCCCGGGAAACUCAGAACCUCCUACACUCCCCUCGCUUACAGGAACAAGAGGAGCAGAGCAAAAGAAUGAACUCGGCAUUGAGACCUUCCCUCGACGCGCGCAGGGGCAGAACCUCACUGGACCGCACCAGGGAGCAAAUGAGAGCGUCCAACGAGCUCGAUGCAAGAUAUUCACUGGAUCGUGCGAGAACUUCUCUCGACUUGCCUGGUGUUACAAACGCAGAGGAGUUGAUGAGAAGGACAAGCAAAGAUUAUGUAAACUAG